CUGCGUUGCCUAGGAGACAGGAAGCCGCCCUUGCAAACGGCUGGCAGCAUCUCCGUCUACAGCAGCAUCACCGUGUUAUCUUCAUCAGCACGGAAAUGUCUCCUGUGGGGAUCGCCCUUCCUCUGUCCGCCACCAAGGCUUAGCUUAGGAUAGGUGAGACACAGUGAAACAGGCAGGAUUGAGACAGCGUCACUUUUUCACGCUCCCACGCCAGACUAAAAGCCUUUGAGUAGCCUCAGAGUAGCAGCAGGAUAGAGCAGCGUAGGGGCGUUGAUCUGUUGAGGGAUGUUACUGUGCUUACAAUGACCAACUGUUGGACUGUGUGGGACUGUCAAGGCUCCUCGGUGAAGGAGAGGCAGGGCUCUCUGUGGACGAUGAACCGCUACACUACGCUGAAGCAGCUGGGGGACGGCACGUAUGGCAGCGUGCUCCUGGCCAAGAGCAAUGAGACUGGGGAGCUGGUGGCCAUAAAGAGGAUGAAGAGGAAGUUUUAUUCUUGGGAUGAGUGCUUGAAUCUGAGAGAGGUGAAGUCAUUGAAGAAGCUGAACCAUGCCAAUGUGGUGAAACUGAGGGAAGUCAUCAGAGAAAAUGACUACCUCUACUUUGUCUUUGAGUAUAUGAAAGAAAACCUCUAUCAGCUCAUGAAAGAAAGGGAAGAUAAGAUGCUUUCUGAAAAUGAAAUAAGGAACAUUCUGUUUCAAGUAUUGUCUGGCUUAGCAUUUGUGCAUAAGCACGGGUAUUUCCAUCGUGAUUUGAAACCGGAGAACCUGCUCUGCAUGGGCCCAGAGCUGGUUAAGAUUGCUGAUUUUGGACUAGCCAGAGAAAUCCGCUCGCAGCCACCUUACACUGAUUAUGUGUCCACAAGAUGGUACCGAGCCCCAGAGGUUCUGCUAAAGUCUAACUCCUACAGCUCACCCAUCGACAUCUGGGCCGUGGGAUGCAUCAUGGCGGAGCUCUACACACUCAGACCCCUGUUCCCUGGCAACAGCGAGGUGGACGAGAUCUUCAAGAUCUGUCAGGUGCUGGGAACGCUGAAGAAGUCGGACUGGCCUGAGGGCUACAGCCUGGCCACCUCGAUGAACUUCCGCUUCCCAAAGUGUGUCCCCACCAGCCUCAGAUCCCUGAUCCCCAACGCCAGCCACGAGGCGAUCACGCUGAUGAAAGACAUGCUGCAGUGGGACCCUGAGAAAAGACCAAGUGCUGCUCAGGCUCUACGGUAUCCAUACUUUCAUGUCGGCCAGGUGCUCAGUGCUCCUCUUAAGUACUCAGCGCAGCACAAGGCUUGGGCAAAGAUGUCCGAGGCGGCUGCAGGGACAAAGCCUGUGUCCCUCUGUAAGACGGACCUAGAGUCCGGCGAGCCAAGUAAGACUCAGGCAGAGCUGCAGACCUGCAGCCAAUCUCUCCACCAGCCCCUUCAGCAGAUCAUUCUACCUCAGGACAACAUGGAGCCAAGCACAAAACAAGCAAUGUGUUCCACCACGCUGACAGAGGGGCAGCAGGAAGCUCUCAGCCUCACGAAAAGGCAACUGAUGAGCUGGCAGGCUCCUGUAAGAGCGGCUCCCACAGGAGCAGAGAACAGGUUAACUGGAGUAAGGACAGGGCGCCGGCGAUGGGGACAGACGUCUUUCAAGUCCGUCGACAGCUGGGACGAUGGUGAGGAUGCAGACGUUGGAGUUUCCAUCUCCAAAAAACCCACCAUCAGCUCUCUGAAGGACAGGGCACCGGAUGGGCCCGGCUGUCGAUUUUCAGAGUCAAAGAACAAUACAGUAACAAAGCUGCCGAGCAACAGUGGGCUGAACAGAGCUGACUCCACCACCUUGUCUGCCAAGCAGCACUACCUCCGCCAGUCCAGAUAUCUGCCCGGCGUAAAUCCAAAAAACAACUCCUCCGCAGGAAGCCAGGCGGUCUGCAGAAACCUGUUGGGCAGGUCGUGUUUAACCAGAAGACAGGGGCUGGAGUUCCCUUUACAUAAAGACAUUAGUCUUCCUAAACUUACAGAUAAGCAGCCUCUGAAAGAAAAAACACUGGAGGCUCUCGAUCUUUCCAAAGGUAUCUCUCGAAAUUUAGGAGCAGUUCACAGAAUUACAGACUCCUUCACGAGCAGCUCCAACAACCCAACCAAGACAUACAUGUCACCUUUUCAGAAGAUUGAAACAGGAGCAGCUAGACAGAGGAUUACACUGGCACCGAUAGGAGGCCCCUCAGCUAUUGAUCUAAGAGUUGAAUCUAAAAUCAAACCACCUAAGAGCAAGAUCUCCUCAAAUAAACUGUUGCCCUCAAAUGAAGAAUGCGCCAGCGCUACAGGAAAGAACGCCUUUUCAAGGAGCACAAACAUCCAUCCAGUGCACGGACGAGUGGACUGGACUGCCAAAUACGGAGGCCACCAGUAGCACAGCAGUCUGCUCUGCUCCACCAGUGACUCAUGGGAAAAAUCCCCACUGCACUUUUGCCAGGAAAUACAGCCUUCAGAGGAUAAGUGCUUCCUGCUAGUCUGUUGUUACAUUUGCCAUGCUAUUAAAUGUUGUUCAUUGUUGUACAAGUGUACCACGACUUCUACUGUCAGUAUUUUUUAUAUAAUAGACUAGAAAAUGAAAUAAAGUAGUUAUUUUUUUAUUAAA